ACAAUUAACGUUACGAUCGUUUUUUUGGAAAGAGAUUUGGGAACCUAUCUAUGGUAGUCGUAUCAAAGAUUCCAACUAGUGUUGUCGUACACCCUUUAGUACUUUUGGGUGUUGUAGAUCACUACAAUCGUGUUUGUAAAGAUACUAACAAGCGAGCAGUUGGGGUGCUGCUAGGCUCAAUUAGCCAAGGAAAAGUUAGCUGUACCAACUCUUUUGCUGUUCCUUUUGAAGAAGAGGAACAAGACUCUUCUGUUUGGUUUUUAGAUCACAACUUUUUGGAGUCCAUGUGGGCCAUGUUUCGCAAGGUGAAUGCUCGAGAAUACAUCGUAGGUUGGUAUUCUACUGGUCCUAAAAUUCGACCCGCAGAUCUUGAUGUGAAUGAGCUCUUUCGACGAUAUUGUUCAAACCCUGUGUUGGUUAUAGUGGACGUGGAACCCAAGGAAGAUGGUAUCCCCACUCAAGCAUAUAUAUCUGUAGAGGACCCUGUAGAAGAUAACAAGUCAACAGACGACAAAGGCGCAAGAGUGCGUACUUUUCGUCACUUACCGAGUGAACUUGGUUCAGCAGAUGCUGAACAGGUCGGUAUAGGUCACUUAUUACGUGACGUGAAGGAUGCGACGAUUGCAACUCUUUCUGAUGACCUAAAGUCAAAAGUUUUGUCGUUGAAUAGUUUGGAGAGUAGACUUAAAGAUAUCCAGAUGUAUCUAAAGUCUGUAAUUGACGGAGAGCUUCCUUUAAAUCACGAGAUACUUUAUGCUAUUCAAGAAAUAUUCAACGUCUUACCAACGUUGUUUACUCCUGAAGUUAUGAAAGCAUUUUUGAUUGAGACGAAUGAUAUUAUGCUUGUUUUAUAUCUAGCGUCCCUUAUCCGUUCCAUUAUUGCGCUGAACGAUCUAAGCAACAAUAAGCUUUCUUUGCGAGAAGGAGAAAAGAAAGCAGCAGAUAUGCUCCAAGAGAAAAGAACAAAGCUUCAACUGAAACAACACGAAAGUGAUCUUGCAACAGCCAAAAACCGUAAAAAGUGAAUAUAAGUUGGAUACAAGAGAGGAAACUUGGUUCGGAUAAAGUUGGAUCUUAUUUUUUUCAAAU